GUGAGUUUAAAGGCAUGUAAUGUAAGCGAGGGGGGAAUAUUGUUGGAUUCAUUUGUUGGAGUUGGAGAAGCUUUUGAAAAAGUCGCUCAAAGUCGUCUCCAACAGCCCGCACAACCAUCUGUCCAGGAUUUUCUUCGCCUUUCACUUCUUCUAAGAGUGUUGCGGAGCCGUUUUUAGAAGAUGAGCGACAAUUUGAUGGAUAAAGUGAACCAGUUAGGCGAGCGCUUGAAGAUUGGGGGGUCUGAGGUUGGGCAAAAGAUCAGUGCUGGUAUGAGCUCAAUGAGUUUCAAGAUGAAGGAAUUUUUCCAAGGCCCAAAUCAGGCAGACAAGCUUGUAGAGGAAGCCACAGCUGAGACGCUGGAUGAGCCUGACUGGGCCCUGAAUCUUGAACUAUGCGACAUGAUCAACCACGACAGAGUCAACAGUCUGGAGUUGAUAAGGGGAAUGAAGAAAAGAAUCAUGUUGAAGAACCCCAGGGUUCAGUACUUGGCUCUGGUGUUGCUCGAAACCGUCGUAAAGAAUUGCGAGAAGGCAUUCUCUGAGGUUGCAUCUGAGAGAGUGCUGGACGAGAUGGUGAAGUUGAUUGAUGACCCUCAAACUGUCGUCAAUAAUCGGAACAAGGCUUUGGUGCUGAUCGAAUCAUGGGGAGAGUCUUCAAACGAGUUGCGUUACUUACCUGUUUAUGAAGAGACUUACAAGAGUUUGAAAUCCAGGGGUAUACGUUUCCCUAGUCGCGAUAAUGAGAGUCUGGCUCCUAUAUUUACUCCUCCAAGAUCAGUAGCAGCUUCUGAAUCAAACGCCACAUUGGCGCAACAACUUCAUCAUGAAAUCCCUGCACAAAGCUUUUCAGCUGAACAAACUAAGGAAGCAUUUGAUGUGGCAAGAAAUAGUAUAGAGCUUCUAAGCACUGUUUUAUCCUCUUCUCCACAACAAGAUGCUCUGCAGGAUGAGUUGACCAGCACGCUUUUACAACAGUGUCGUGAGUCCCAGUACACUGUUCAGAGAAUCAUUGAAACAGCUGGGGAAAACGAGGCCUUGCUUUUCGAAGCACUGAAUGUGAAUGAUGAAAUACAAAAAGUUUUAUCUAAAUAUGAAGACAUGAAACAACCUUUGGUGGUACCUCGGGAACCAGAACCAGCCAUGAUACCUGUUGCUGUAGAGCCC